AUGGGAGUUGCACUUGGUCUCCUGAACACCUUUUUCUUCAUACCAAGUCCAAUAAUUGCCGCCCUCUAUCGAUAUCAUUUUCUUCGUCGCCCGUUGGUUAUAUCUGGGGCUUGUCUUCAAACAUUAGGAGUGGCGUUCUUAUCAUUGGCAACGAGCAAAGCCCAAAUGAUCAUCUUUCUAUCAAUGACAGGUUUUGGAAUCGCUACCUUGAUGACGUGUUGUAUUUUGACAUUACAUCAUGUGGCUCAAGAAAACUACAAUCUAUGUUACGGCCUUGGUUUGAGCGGGUAUGGCGCCGGUAUGAUCCUUUUGCCAAUCGUAGCUGAAUUCCUACGCAACCCGUACGGUUGGAGAGGUGGAUUGCUCAUAAUAAGUGCCCUUAUAGCGCAUACCAUCCCAUGUGCCAUGGGAAUAAGAAUGAAAUUUGACGAAGUGAGUACACACAAAAACGGUUUUAAGCCAAUCGAAGGCUCGUCUACAGGACCUUUGGAAAUGGACAUAGCGGAAGAAGGCGAAGCAGCUAAACGUCAUGGCUCAGCCCUGUCAGAAGGAGACAACCGACAUGGUGAUGGCUUUCGUAGGUUCACCAAUAUCAUUCAUGAAUCUGAUUUCUACAAAGACCCUGUAUUUACCCUGAUAUUUGGUGUGGAUUUUGCAUUCUAUAUGGUCUACAGUGGUUGGCACUCUUUUCUCGUUCCCCAUGUUCUGCAAAGAGGAAUCUCGGUCCAGAAAACCAUUAUCUUGACAUUCUCAGGAGCAGUAGGGAAUACUUUAAGCAGAUGUGGUGUAGGUGUCAUUACAAACCACCAAUUCAAGCCGAUUGAUGUCUACAUCCUCGCUACGAUCCUCAACAUCGGUGCUUUACUCGUCGAUGUGUUUGUAGUCAACUAUUACGUCAUGGUGGUGACGUCAUGCUUCUCUGCCAUGUCCAUCGGAGGGAGGGCGGUGGUCACAACCCUUAUUGAGAGGGAAAGAGCAUCUCCCGACAAAUUUGAUGUCGUCUUUUCACUUGGAAGAUGUAUUUCCGGAGGGGGGAUGUUUCUUGGAGGUUAUGUAAGUGGUAAGUUGGAGUUUAUACCUAUCAAAGACAUUGACUAAAUUAUCUCUUCAUUCCCAUCAGGGCAUUCCUAUCAGGGUCAGCCAGUAUUAUGCAACUCCCAAGAAUGUUCUGUAAUCUGAUUGGUCGAAAUCAGAUCACAUGAUAUACAGCGAACUGCACUAUUGCAUCCAAAAUGCACUAUCCUGCACUCUG